AUGCCACUUCAUCUUCUAGGUAAGAAGUCGUGGAACGUUUACAAUGCCGACAACAUCGCCCGCGUCCGUCGCGAUGAAGCUGCUGCGAAGGCCGCCGAAGAAGGGGAAGAGCAGCGCAUGCAGGAAAUUGAUGCGCAACGUCGAUUAGCCAUUCUACGCGGUGAAGAUCCUCCUCCCAUCGAAGAACCCGAAUCGCCCAAGCCAAACGUAACAUCCAUUGGUGAUCGCGAUGCUUCGUAUAGGGGUACGCGACGAAAGCGAAAGCGACCAGGCGAGGAUGACACCGACUUCGAAAUGCGGAUGGCCAGAGAGAAUGACAACUCAGCUCUCGUGAAAAUUGAACCUAAACGCAAGAGUAUAAGCUCUGCGCCUAUAGUGGACCAUAAUGGAUACAUUGAUUUGCUCGGCGAUGAGAAGUCAAGAGCGCACGCCGAGAAGAAUGACGAGGCCGAGAAAGAAGCGAAGAAAAAGAAACAGAGCUAUGAAGACCAAUACAUGAUGCGCUUCUCCAACGCCGCAGGAAAGGAUGGUGUUCUGCGGCCAUGGUAUUCGCAAGCUGAUGCUGCGGCGCCUGAUGCUUCGUCAAAGGACGUAUGGGGCAACCAAGACCCGAACCGUAAAGAUCGGGAUGCCAAACGCAUAUCAUCCAACGAUCCUCUUGCCAUGAUGAAACAGGGAGCUUCCAAGGUUCGUGAGCUUAAAGAGGACAGGAAGCGAUUCCAAGAGGAAAGAGAACAGGAGUUAAAGAACAUGCGCCGCGAAGAGCGACAUCGCGAAAAGAAGCGGCAGCGACACGAAGGGACCGUAGUCGUGACCGGGAGAGAUCAUCAGAUCGCCAUGAGCGAAGACAGCGGUCCAAAGAGCAAAGACGUGAUCGUGAUCGACAGCAUGAUUCACGGAGUCGAAGACAUGAGCGUCAUGAAAGAGAAGGAUCUCGGCAUGAGAGAAGGCGUCAUGAGGAGGAUGAACUGCAAAGAGAGAGGAGUAGGAGGGAUAAAGAACAUCGCGAGAAACAAGAUGUACGAUCUGCAGAAAGAGGGGAAGAAGAACGACGACGGAGUCAUCAUGAACUACGAUAGCGAACAGCACGAUACCCGUUUUGGCCACCUUUUAUUUAAUGCUUCAUGA